CCUUCCACUCCUAGGGCGAUUCCCCUUAAGCCAUGACCGGUAGGUUAAGCCCUCAGUCCGCGUCCUUGCAGAGGCUUCAUUGCUUAUAUAUAAUAGAAACAAGCAGAAAUUGCCAAUUUUCUCCAACUUCAUGCGAUCCAACGCGAUUCUUUAAAUGAAAGAAAGAAAGAAUGCUUCUUUCUUGAAGCGUGUAUUGGUGAAUUGCAGUUCGCAGGUGAAAGAAUAUGGGAACUGCAUUGCACAAAAGGUCCCAGAGAUUGAACAUGGCAUGUGUUUAAAGGAAUUUCUUGCGCUGAAAUCAUGCAUGCAGAACAUGAUUAGAAACAAAGCAUAAGAUUUGAAAAUAACUGGGGCAAAUUCUGCUGACCUCUAUCAUCAAACUUGGAGAUCUGGAAUCAGCAUCAGGUUUGGUGAAAAUUUUUCUUUUCUUGUGCUACUUGUUGGCUGCAGUUUUUACCCUAAAGUUGAUUACUGAAGACGUACAGACUAGACAGCCAAAAGUUGAAUAACUGAAGCUAUAGACCAGGGAAAAAAGGACAUGUUAGGGAAAGUAUCUUGUGAUCAACCUCGGGCAGGUUUGUCUGGUUCAGGGGCUCUCUCUCAUGUUUAUAUUCAGCAUCCACCCCUACGAUGCAGCAUUCCUGAAACACAAGGGCUCUAUUAUGAUGAUGGAAAUAAGUUAAUUCUUGCCCCAACAUGUGAUCAGGUUUUAUCAUGGAACAUUGGUCCAUCUAGUCAGCUUGAUCCACCAAACUCUGAUUCAAUCAGUGAAGGGCCUGUUUUAUCUAUUCGAUAUUCUCUGGAUAAAAAGGUCAUAGGGAUCCAGCGAUCAAAUCAUGAGAUUCAAUUUAAAAAUAGGGAAACUGGUGAGACUUUUAGUCGAAGAUGCAGACAAGAUUCUGAAAGCAUACUUGGCUUUUUCUGGACAGACUGCCCAUCUUGUGACAUCAUAUUCAUAAAGACAAGUGGUAUGGACUUGCUUUCCUAUGAACCCGAGUUAAACACCCUUCGUUUGGUGGAGGCAAAAAGAUUCCAUGUUUGCUGGUAUGCCUACACGCAUGAAAGCCGGCUGGUUCUUCUUGCUUCUGGAAUGCAGUGCAAUAUCUUCUCCGGAUAUCAGUUUUCAUCUGGAGGGAUCAUUCGCUUGCCUAAGUUUGAGAUGACAAUGGCUAAAGCUGAGGCAAACCACAAACCUGUUCUCGCUGCAGAUGACAUUCAUAUUGCUACUAUCUAUGGUAGGAUAUAUUGCCUGCAACUUGAUAGGGCUGGCAUGCUGCUUAACUUGUAUAGGUUCUACCGUGAUGCAGUUGUUCAACAGGGAACUCUACCAAUUUACUCAAGCAGAAUUGCAGUCAGCGUGGUUGAUAAUGUGCUUUUGGUUCAUCAAGUUGAUGCAAAAGUUAUCAUACUUUAUGAUAUAUUUCUAGAUUCCCUAGCACCAAUAUCUGCUCCGCUUCCCCUUCUAUUGAGGGCCACUUCCAGCAGUGGCAGGCAAACACUGCAAGCAGAUGAGAAUCUAACUGCCACAUAUGGGGGAACGAUCUAUGGAGAGAGUUGGACUUUUCUUGUCCCUGACCUUAUUUGUGAUGUUAAUAAUGGUCUGUUGUGGAAAAUAUGUUUGGAUCUAGAGGCAAUUGCUGCUAGUAGUUCAGAUAUUCCUUCAGUUCUAGACUUUUUGCAGCGUCGAAGGUCUCAACCUGGCAUGAUUAAGAGGUUAUGCCUGGCCAUAUUGCGUACCAUUAUCCUGGAAAGAAGACCAAUAUCAAUGAUUGCAAGGGCAAUAGAUGUAAUUGUCACUUCUUAUUCCCACUUAGUUAAAAUGGGAAGUGCUCUUUUGGGAGGAGAAAGUGUAAGCCCAGUACAAACCGAACAUUCUGGAAGCCAGCAUGGAGUCAACUCUGUGUUAGCAUCUGAAGAGCCUACGACUAGAAUAGUGAAUCGUGGAAAAUCCAUCAGAGAAGAGUCUUUAACUGGAGCAGAGAAUGAACAACAACAAUCUACAGCACCAUCUAAACCUAAACAAUCAUCAUUUCAUUCAGUUUCUGAUUCUGAGGGUGAUGCAAAUAUGGAAGCAGUGGGGACCAGUUUAGGAGACAUGUCUCUUGCUAAGUCUUCAUCAGGUGAUUUACAUGCUUCAGUUGCUAGAGAGCAGAUGAGGAAAGCCACAGGUGAACAGAAUUCAGAUGCUGAUUUUGAACAAUCGCCAUUACAAUCAGAAAGACCUGAACAAAGCAGAACUCUGUCAGAUCCUUAUGUUUCUAAUCAGCAGGGAUCUCAAUUAACAAGUGGAGCAAUUUCACCAGAUGAAAUGUACAACUUCGUCUUUGCACUUGUUGAAGAUGAAAUGGGAGGUGAUCCAGGUUACUUGGUUGCAACUAUGGUAGAGUUCUUAAGGAGUGUUUCAAAGGAAAGGCUCAAAGUUCAUCCUAAGCUUUAUGUGAUGAUGAUCCAACUGCUAGCCCGCACCAAUCGUUAUGCUGAACUUGCACUGUUUAUAAGAAACAAGAUCAUAGAGCCCUCUAAAGACGUUGCUUUUCAACUCUUAGAGUUGGGUCAUGAAAAUUUACCUAUUCGAAAGCUGGGUUUAGAUAUGCUUAGGCAGCUCUCACUGCAUCAUGAUUAUGUGACUGAACUAUUGCAAGAUGGACAUUACCUUGAAGCUCUACGCUAUGCCAGAAAAUACAAGGUUGUCACAGUGCGACCGUCCUUGUUUCUUGAAGCAGCAAUUGCCAACAACAAUCCACUACAUGUUGCAGCGGUGCUCAGGUUUUUCUCAGAUUUUACACCUAGCUUCAAGAGCACAUCAGAUUUCGAUAGGUAUCACCAGAUUCUAAUAGAGAUGAGUUGAUUCUGUUCUUUUUUGAGACGUGAGUUGAUCGUGUUUAUUAUGAAUCAUGUAAUGAUGAAAAACAGUUCUAUUAUUUCCUGAAAAGCCCUCCAGUAAUCUGUUUCUCAAGGUAACUAGAUAUUAUUUGGACCUUUGGAAUUUUAUGCCUGCCUUAUGGGAA